AUGGUUAAAUGCCUAUCUUUCUUGGCCGGAAAGCGUUUAACAAACCGCAGCGCCAGAAAAACCGUUGUUAAAAAGCUGGACGACGCAAAUGUUCCCCGAGCGCAGAUCGUGUCAGUUACAGGGCAUCGAAACGAGAAAUCUCUGGACGACUAUGUAGAUUCAUUCUCCACCGUUCGCUCGAAGCAACUUUCAAAUAUCAUCAGCGGUAGAGAAACUCUCACUGGCGUCGGCGAUGGAAGCAAAGUUGGUCCUCUACAAAUACGGGAUAGAAACAUCAGUGUCGUUCCUUGUACAUCCACAUCUUCCAUGGCUGAUCAACAACGGCAAUUCCCAGUUCUUAAUCUGGCAAAUUUGGCUCAAAAUAUGGAAAAUUCUACCAUGAACAUAACGGUGAACACCAACAUGCAGAUGUCCCAACCAGAUAUCAAAAACGUC